UGCUUUGCUGCUACGUGCCCACUUCUCAUCUUGAGCCUGCACAAAAAACCUCCUUGUAACUCGACUACCUCCAUUCAUCAUACAAGAGCUACACCUAAAUGGCGACCACAUUGCUGACGCUGGUCUCUGCUUUUUGCCUGCUCACCAGUGCAAGUGCGGCCACUCUUCGCAUCCAAGUUCCUGCCUCGAAUCUACUUCCAAAUCCAAAUGCUUUAUCAGCCUCUACCCAUGCCACUCUGACCUCUGGCACCGGGCAGCCUCUACGAGCGGUUCUUCGCAAAGGAAACUACUUUGAGUUUCCCGACAUCACGACAGUUGGCUCCCAUCUACUAGAUAUUUACAGCCGAGACUACGUAUUUGCUCCAUACCGAAUCGACCUUGCCUCUUCGUCCGCCUCAGGCGAAUCUUCCUCGACAGUCAUCACAGGAGCAUGGGAGACAUAUCGGGGCACAAGAUGGGAAGACCGUGGUGUCGCCCUAGUCCCAGCACCGACAGAUCGGUUGGAGAUGUCGGCGAAAGUUCUCUCGAGAAAGAACUUCUAUGAAGAACGUCAAGGCUUCAAUCCCUUGAGCUUGCUCAAGAAUCCCAUGAUUCUGAUGGGCGUUGUGGCUCUUGUGUUCACUUUUGGCAUGCCCAAGUUGAUGGAGAAUAUGGAUCCAGAAAUGCGAGCCGAAUACGAGGAGAUGCAGAAGAAAGGCCCCAUGUCUGGCCUCACACAGGCGAUGCAGGGUGGAGGAAGCAGCGGACCAGCAAGCAACUUUGAUCUGGCAAGUUACUUGGCUGGCAGUGGCAAGAGUACAGGUAGCGACAAGGGAUCAGAAGGCAUACGCGAGCGGAAACGGUGAUCCUGGUGGUGUUAGACCCUAUCAACAAUAUGAUUUGGCCAUGAACAGUGCAACUUUGACACCAAACCUGACUCUAUUGGCUACUCAUCGAUCUUGACUGAAUGACCUCAAGUCCCAGAUAUCUACAUAUGCCACACAACGAGCCUCAAGAGGACAUUGUUUGUCGAGAACGCAGCGAGCUCUCCUUUUGUGUUUAAUGGUUCCAUACUGAUCUCAGAAGCAAUUACUCGGUCUCAGCUAAUCUCAUCUUGCGUUGAUACCAAAAGCAGUUUGUUCUUGACUAUUCUGGGUACCAACACAACCUGUUUACUACUCGUGGAAAAGGAGCCUUGCAAUGUGGGCGGCCCAUGUUUUCACCACGUCACAAUCUCCUCUGGUAGGGACACACUGACCAUCAUUGCGAUCAUUCCCACCCAGAACAGAGGUUCAUCUGCAAGUCACUUCACUGCGUUCAAUUGCUCAAUCGCAUUUCAACGUUAAACUCGCCAUAACCCGCACCAAGCAUCAUGCGAUGCGUUGCAACACAGCGGUAACAACGCAACUUACCUUGCGUCAGGACAUACAAUCGCUUCACUAUAUGCGUAUGCCGAUAUCGAAGCGGGGGCUUUCGGGGACUCGGCCAUUGUCGCA